AUGGAACACGGCCUUGACGCCCCCAAGCACCUGGAUGGCAUGUUUUCCUGGGUUCUCUACGACAAGAACCAGGACAGGGUUGUCGCCGCUCGUGAUCCCAUCGGUAUCACCAGCUUUUACAUUGGCUGGUCCUCUGAGACCCCUGGAGCCGUUUACUUCGCUUCCGAGCUGAAGUCUCUCCACCCGGUUUGCGACAAGAUCCAGGCUUUCCCUCCCGGCCACAUCUUCGACUCCAAGACCGGCUCUUUCACUCGCUACUUCGAGCCGACCUGGUGGGACCCCACCAACGUUCCCUCCGCCCCUGUUGACUACAAGGUCAUCCGCGCUUCUCUCGAGAAGUCGGUUCGCAAGCGUCUGAUGGCUGAGGUUCCUUAUGGUGUCUUGCUCUCCGGUGGUCUCGACUCCAGCUUGGUCGCCUCCAUCGCUCAGCGGGAGACCCUGCGUAUGCAGGAGGCCGCCAAGGCUGCCCAGGCCCAGGGUGCUGAGCUGAACGAGUUGGUCGGCAUUGACGACUCCAACGAUCUGUCCACCGUCACCACCUUCCAGCAGCUGCACUCCUUCUCCAUUGGUCUGCCUGGUGCCCCCGACACCGAGGCCGCCCUCAAGGUGGCUAAGUUCCUCGGAACCAAGCACCAUGCUUUCACUUUCACCGUUGAGGACGGUCUCAACGCCCUCUCCGACGUCAUCUACCACCUGGAAACUUACGAUGUCACCACCAUCCGUGCCUCCACCCCCAUGUACCUGCUCAGCCGUAAGAUCAAGGCUAUGGGUGUCAAGAUGGUUCUCAGUGGUGAGGGUAGUGACGAGAUUUUCGGUGGAUACCUUUACUUCCACGCUGCUCCCGACCGUGAGGAGUUCCACAAGGAGACUGUCCGCCGUGUCAAGAACCUGCACUUGGCGGAUUGCCUGAGAGCCAACAAGUCCACCUCUGCCUGGGGUCUGGAAGCCCGUGUUCCCUUCCUGGACAAGGAAUUCCUUGAGACCUGCAUGGGUGUUGAACCUUCCGAGAAGAUGAUCACCAAGGAGCGUAUCGAGAAGUACAUCCUGCGCAAGGCCUUCGACACCACCGACGAGCCCGACGUCAAGCCCUACCUGCCCGACAACAUUCUCUGGCGCCAGAAGGAGCAGUUCAGUGACGGUGUCGGCUACAGCUGGAUCGAUGCCCUCAAGGACCAGGCUGAGGUGCACGUCACCGACGAGAUGAUGAAGAACCCCAAGCCCGAGUGGGGUAGCGACAUUCCCGACACCAAGGAAGCGUAUGUUUAG